UCCACCCCACAAAAUAGUACAGGAUGAGAUACCCAGUACCUCUCAGUCUGAGUAGUCUGCAGUGACUCAGUCUCAGCUUCUCCCUCUGUAAACACUUCAUUUUCUCAGAAUUUUAGGAGAAAUUCUAAAAGAAUUCUAAAUUCACUUUCUAAAAGAUUUACUAACACACACACACACACACACACUCACACACAAAAUCAGACACUGCUUCCGACCCUGCAAAAGCUGGAUACCACUGAAGAAAUUUCUGAAGAGGCUUAUCCAUUACUUGAGAGAUGGUGAAUCACUACAAGAAAAUUGUUCUUCUGCACGGAUUAGAAUAUAUGAAUGACUAUAACUUUAGAGUACUUAAGUCCUUGCUGAUCCAGGACUUAAAACUGACUAAGAAAAUGCAAGAUGAUUAUGACAGAGUUAAGAUUGCUGACUUAAUGGAUGAAAAGUUCCCAGAGGAUGCUGGAUUGAGCAAACUGAUAGAAGUAUGUGAAUGUAUUCCUGAACUAGGAGAUCGUGUUGAUAUACUUAGAAAAGAGAUGGAGAAAGUUGAAAGUGAAACCAAAAUAAAAUCUGAAUCCAGUACUCUCCCACUUACCUCCGACAUGAUGAAAGUUUGGGAAGUAGCACCAGAUAUGACGACAUCUUCAUCAGAGGAAAGCAUGACAGACACUAUCCCUGAAUCAUGUGACACCAUAACACAGUUUUUGGAGGAAGAGCCUAACUUUCCAGAACUUUCAGCAACCAGCAUGUGCCCAUCUGAGCGUGAACCCGUGACUCCUCAGAAGUUUCCAACAGCAACCUCCAACAGGCUCCAGUCACCCUUGGAACCUCCAGAAAUAUCAUCCACCAUAUUGGCAACAAAGGGAACCCCAACACUUUCUUUUGGUCACCAAGCUACUCUGGAGUUUCCCAAAACAGAGCCCAGCAAUGUCCGGGCCUUUCAGAUGACUCGAGCAAUAAUGACGAAUGAUCAUAAUAGUCCUCAGGUGCCUGCAGCGGAGGCAGUAUUCAGCAGUUUCAGUAAAUCUCAUGUGACCCCAGCAACAGUGCCCAGCAGUGCCCAGACCUCACGAAUGACUCCAGCAGCAAAGACCAGUGGUUGUAAUAGUUCACAGGUGUCUGCAGCAACAGGAUCAAACAGUUACAGUACCCCUCGGGUUACACAGGCAACAGUGCCCAGCAGUGUCCAGUCCCUUUUGAUCCCUCGAGCAGCAUUGCCCAACAGUGCCAAGACCUUUCGACUGACCUCAGCAGCAAUGACCAGUGGUUGUAAUAGUCCUCGGGCAUCUGGAGCAAGAGUACCUGUCCAUUACAGUAACCCUGGGGUGACUCCAGCAACAGUGCCCAGUGGUGCCCAGACCUUGCGACUGAACCCAACAGCAAUGACCAGUGGUUGUAAUAGUCCUCAAGUGUCUGCAACAACAGUAUCCAGCAGUUACAGUAACACUCGGGUGACUCCAGCAACAGUGUCCAGCAGUGCGCAGACCUUGCAAAUGACCCCAGCAGCAAAGACCAGUGGUUUUAAAAGUCCUCAGGUGUCUGCAGCAACAGGAUCCAGCAGUUACAGUAACCCUCGGGUGAUUCCAGCAACCGUGCCCAGUGGUGCCCAGAUCUUGCGACUGACCCCAGCAGCAAUGACCAGUGGUUGUAAUAGUCCUCAAGUGUCUGCAACAACAGGAUCCAGCAGUUACAGUAACACUGGGGUGACUCCAACAACAGUAUCCAGCAGUGCCCAGACCUUUCGAAUGGCCCCAGCAGCGAUGACAGGUAGUUUUAAUAGUCCUCAGGUGUCUGCAGCAACAGGAUCCAGCAGUUACAGUAACCCUCGGGUGACUCCAACAACAGUAUCCAGCAGUGCCCAGACCUUUCGAAUGACCCCAGCAGCAAUGACAGGUAGUUUUAAUAGUCCUCAGGUGUCUGCAGCAACAGGAUCCAGCAGUUACAGUAACCCUCGGGUGAUUCCAGCAACCGUGCCCAGUGGUGCCCAGAUCUUGCGACUGACCCCAGCAGCAAUGACCAGUAGUUUUAAUAGUCCUCAGGUGUCUGCAGCAACAGGAUCCAGCAGUUACAGUAACCCUCAGGUGACUCCAACAACAGUAUCCAGCAGUGCCCAGACCUUUCGAAUGACCCCAGCAGCAAUGACAGGUAGUUUUAAUAGUCCUCAGGUGUCUGCAGCAACAGGAUCCAGCAGUUACAGUAAUUCCCCUCAGGUGUCUUCUGCAACAGUGCCCAGGAGUUUUCCUGCUAUGCCCAUGUCUCCAGCAACACCACUCAAGAAACCAAGACUGAAGAAUAUACCUAGACAACCUUCUGAAGAAGAUGGUCACCAGCAAGGUUCCAAACAAGUGGUGGUGUUGAAAGUAACAGAGCCAUUCACAUAUGACAUGAGAGAAGACAAAAGGAUGUUCCAUGCCACCGUGGCUACUGAGAUUGAGUUCUUCAGAGUGAAGGUGUUUGACACAGCCCUUAAGGAAAAGUUCAUCCCCAAUAAAGUCAUUGUCAUCUCGGAUUAUAUCGGUUACAAUGGGUUUCUAGAGAUAUACAGAGCUUCCUGUGUAUCAGAAGUGAACGAUGGCAAUGUGAUGAAUAUUCCAUCUUCCCUGAGAAAAAGAGCCAAUGAAACACCUAAAAUUAGUACUAUUUGUACCCAAAGAGGAGGAACAUUUGUGAAUGGAACAUUUACAGUGUAUAUGAAAACAGUGAAGAGUGAAUUCAUUUACUAUGGAAUAGAAGAUCGCACGGGAAGGAUGGAAGUGGUGGUCUACGGACAAUUUGCCAAUAUGUACUGUGAGCCUGGGGAUAAACUUAGACUCUUCUGCUUUGAAUUGAGCUCGAGUUUGGAUAAGUGGCAGCUGAGGUCUGUGAGGCACAGUUAUAUGCAGGUCAUCCAGGUGAGGAAGAGAGAGCAUGAACUUCCCAAUCUUCAUGCAAUUAUUGAAACAGCUCAAAACCCCUACUCAUGAAUCCUUGAACCAUGGUAAUAAGGUUGUGCUGAUAAGCUCCAAGUGCAGAAGAAAAAAAAGUUUAUAUGGCAUAUAGUGAAAUAAAAUGCAUGUAAAAUCUAGCUCUUGACCCUAGGAAAUGUGUUCUUUUAAUUUGUUCCUUAUGAAUUUCAGAUUCUCUAUAUUCCAUAUUUUCAUCUGUAUGUGUCAAAAUAUGAAAGAAAGAGUAAUAAACGUUUUAUCUAAA